GUCAAAAUUUUCGUCAUAUAAUUUUUUUCCGCGAAUCAAAUCCAAAUCCAAAAUGAUAAUUUACUUGGGAGCUUUAAUUUUCGCCACGGCCUCGAUGGUGGUGGCUUUUAUUUUGGUGACUCAGGGUAAUUUCCACAAUUUCACCGAAAAAGCUCCGAAAAUUACGGAAUUGCCUAUUAUAACUGCUUCAGGGGAAAUCGUCAAUUCUGUUGAAGAUUUGGACAUGCAACUGGAUUUUUUGGAGAAUCAAUUGGAAGAGAAAGAGAAAGAUCUCGAAGCAACAAAAUCCCGUCAAGAAUGCGCAGCUAAAAAAUUGGAAAAAUUAAGCGACACUGCAACUCAUGUAAAGAAGUUUUACAUCAAACUAAAAACUGAAGCUACAAAAUCUGAAACAGAGAUUAACGAAUUGAGAAGCCAAAUUGAUGAUUUCAAAAAAAGACAAUUACGCCUCAAGGAAGAAGUUAAUGAAAAUGUUAAAUACUACACUGGCAUGUUGAAUAAUAUCGAUGCAACUGACGAAUAUGAAGUUGUUAAGAAAUCAGCAAUAAUUGAGGAAGAGCAACAAUAAUUUUUAUUGUGAAACGAUUCUAUUGAAGAAGAUGUUAUGAAAAAUAAGAAUAAAAAUGUGAAUAAAAAUUUAUAAAACUCAAAAAUAAAGUGUAA